AUGGCUCAGUUCCAGCAGGAGACCAGAUCAGGCAUGAAAGAUAUGGAUGCUCGAAUAAGCCAAUUGGCAACUGCCAUCAAUCGCCUGGAGUCCCACGCUCAUGGAAAAUUGCCAUCUCAACCCGAGGUAAAUCCCAGAAAUGUAAGUGCCAUGACACUGAGGAGUGGCAAGGAACUGGAAGGGCCUAAAGUGAAAAAUUCAAAAAGCAAAAAUUUCUAUGUCCUAUACAUGGGAGAUGAAAGGGCACUAAAUCCGUCACCUAUUUUGUUAGGUAGGCCAUUUUUAAGCACUGUUAGGACGAAAAUAGAUGUAAAUGAAGAUACUUUGUCGAUGGAGUUUGAUGGAAAAAUUAUAAAUUUUAAUAUCUUUGAUACGAUGAAGUACCCGGAUGAGGCUAACUCUGUUUUUGCUUUAAGUGUUAUUGAGCCCCUUGUGCAGGAAACGUUCAAAUUGGAUGGGGACGAUGCACUGGCAGUGGCAUUAGCCAAACAUCUUGAGUUGGGAGCAACUCCUGAUGUAGAAUUAAGUGAUGAGUUAUACCGUGCUGUUGAAGCACUGCAUUCGCUCCCACCAAUUUCUCCAAGGUAUGAGCUUACUUCUCUCUUUGUACUAGAAACUCAGGCAAAAUUACUGCCUUCUAUUGUGCAGGCACUUGAGUUGGAGCUCAAGCCUCUCGCAGAGCACUUGAAGUAUGCAUUUCUCGGAGACAAUGAGACGUUACCGGUCAUCAUAUCUGCACACCUGUCACCAAGGCAAGAAGACAACCUGAUUCGUCUUCUUCGAGAUCAUAAGGAGGCGAUUGGGUGGAGCAUAGCGGACAUCAAGGGAAUUAGCCCCUCCUUAUGCAUGCAUCGGAUCCGACUUGAGGAUGAUGCAAAGCCGGUAAGACAGGCGCAACGGAGAUUGAACCCACUAAUGAUGGAAGUGGUAAAGAAGGAAAUACUUAAACUCCUGGAAGUGGGGAUCAUCUUCGCCAUCUCAGAUAGUCCAUGGGCGAACCCAGUGCAAGUGAUCCCGAAAAAGGCGGGAGUAACCGUAGAAGAGAAUCAAGAGGGCGAGAUAGUCCCGGUGAGGAUACCCACAGGAUGGCGUCAGUGCAUUGAUUACCGGUUUUUGAAUGCUGUGACAAAGAAGGAUCACUUCCCUCUCCCUUUUAUUGAUCAGAUGAUAGAGAGGUUAUUUUCAGAUCGCGAUAGCAUCGGAAGAUCAGGAGAAAACUACCUUCACCUACCCCUUUGGUACAUUUGCCUACUGGAGGAUGCCUUUCGGCCUUUGCAAUGCUCCAGUGACUUUUCAAAGGUGCAUGGGUUCUACAGGAGAUUCAUCAAAGAUUUCUCCAAAAUUGGAGCGCCCCUGUUCAAACUGUUGCAAAAGGAUGUAUCAUUUGACUUCACCGAGGAGUGCGAGAUGGCAUUUGAAAAAUUGAAGGAGUUGUUGACAUCACUGCCCGUCAUUCAACCCCCAGACUGGAGCCUCCCAUUUGAAAUAAUGUGUGACGCGAGUGACUAUGCAGUGGGAGUAGUGUUGGGGCAACGGGUUGGCAGGGCGGCUCAUGCAAUCUACUAUGCAUCAAAGGCGUUGAAUGGAGUUCAACUCAACUAUUCUAUAAUAGAGAAAGAAUUACUAGCUGUGGUUUUUGUAUUAGAAAAAUUUAGACCUUAUUUGUUAGGUGUAAGAGUAACAGUUUUCUCUGAUCAUGCAGUCUUAAGGUACUUGAUGACAAAGAAGGAUGCAAAACCAAGGCUUAUCAGGUGGAUCCUACUCCUACAAGAGUUCAACUUGGAGGUAAAAGAUAAAAGUGGGGCAGAGAACCUAGUUGCUGAUCACUUGAGUCGCGUACUUUCACAUAAGGAGGAGCAACCAUUGAGAGAGGCGUUCUCAGAGGAACAACUACUCGUCGUUAAUUCAUCGGUGCCCUGGUAUGCUGAUAUAGUGAAUUUCCUAGUGACUAAUCAAUUGCCUGCAGGGUGGCCAAAGGCAAGGAGAGACAAGUUAAAGAGUGAUGCUAAAUACUACAUUUGGGACGACCCAUACCUUUGGAGACAAUGUUCGGAUCAAGUGCUAAGAAGGUGUGUAAGUGCAGAUUUUAUGGGUCCUUUUCCAUCAUCUUUUGGUUUCUUAUAUAUCUUACUUGCGGUUGAUUAUGUCUCUAAAUGGGUGGAAGCCAAAGCCACCCGUACUAACGAUUCUAGAGUGGUUGCAGAGUUCCUAAAUUCUAAUAUUUUUGUCCGCUUUGGAAUGCCAAGAGUUGUGACAAAUGGGCAAGCCGAAGUAUCAAACAGGGAGAUCAAAUCAAUCUUAGAGAAGAUGGUGCGCCCAGAUAGGAAGGAUUGGAGUGUAAAGCUAGAAGAUGCACUAUGGGUGUACAGAACCGCGUAUAAGACGCCUAUUGGGAUGUCCCCGUACAGGCUUGUCUUCGGUAAGGCUUGUCAUCUCCCGGUGGAGUUCGAACACAAGGCGUUCUAG